GUUCCUAGUGAAGAAGAUUUCUAUGCGGAUAUACUGAGGGAUGAAAUAGUAAAGCUAGAUGAUCCAGCGGUCUCCGGUAAUACACUAAUCAAUGUGCCAAGGCUUCAAUCAGAGUCCAACACCACAAGAGUACUGCCUUUACCAAACAUGGUAGAUAUACAAAUGCAAUCAUUGCUACAGAAACUGCCAUUACAAAAUGACACUGGAGAAGAGAACAACAUAUCCAUGUCAAAUUGCUUUAUCGGUAUCUACUCGAUUAAGUCUAUAAACCGAGCACGAUGGGACGUUGUAGCUUGGGUGCUGGUCAUGAUAGCCGUGUUGGUGUUUUAUCUAGUGUGA